AUGAAAAUCACGUCUUUAUUUUCUGCCAUGUUCUUACUGGAUCUCUUUGCCUGCUGCCGUGCAUAUGCACAAUAUCCCUUGCCUGACACUGAAGAUGCAAAGUUCAUUGAAGACUGUGUGAGUGCUCACAACAACUUUCGAUCCAAAGCGAAUCCACCAGCCAGCAAUAUGUUUCGCAUGUCCUGGGACCCUGCUUUAGCUAAGUCUGCCAAAGCAUGGGCAAAGAAGUGCAAGUUUCAGCACAACAGCUACCUUAAAAUACCACAGAAGAUGCACCCCACUUUUACUUCUGUAGGAGAAAACAUCUGGACUGGCACAGCCACCAUCUUUUCUGUGCGUGCAGCUCUGAAUGACUGGUUUAAUGAAUUCAGAAGCUAUGAUUUCAACACCCGUAGCUGUACUAGCAUAUGUGGUCACUAUACCCAGGUCGUUUGGGCAACGAGUUACAAAGUUGGCUGUGCAGUUCACUUCUGCCAUACAGUUGAAAAAUUUCCAGGACUCUACAGAGCAGCACAUUUUGUUUGUAACUAUGGGCCAGCGGGGAAUUACCCAACAAAACCUUAUGAAGAGGGACCACCAUGCAGUAGAUGCACUAACGACAAGUGUGUGAACAAGCUCUGUGUAAAUGCAGAACGUGAGAAGCUGAUAAGUUAUACCAACUGGUACCCGGACGGGGACACGCAGCCCCAGCCACCGCAACCCCGUCCCCCCAGGCCUCCAGCCCACACCCCCCCAGCUGGGCAGCCGCGUCCCUCUUGCGACCACUACUGUCUUACUGUCUUGAUUUUAAGGCUGCUGUUUUUGGUACUGAGCGCUGUAGGUACUCUUUUAGUACAGCAGUGGUUUCCACACACGUUUAUAUAUGAGUAA